UAGCAUACGAAGGGUAAAAAUACUUAAAUUCUGAAGUGAUAAAUCUUUUUCUUGUUUGUUUCUCUGUUAAAAUUCUAUCGUUUGCUCUGCGAUGGCCACCAUAACCAAACGUAAAAAUCAGACGGCGAAGGAUCGGAGCCGUACAGAUGCCGCUACGGCGCUCCGCAGGCUGGUCAUCCCUCGACCGGACAUCCUGCACACAUAUCUGGAGUACAAGCAGAUCAAUCAGUAUCUGCAGUAUCUGGAACAGCGGUAUCCACACUUUGUACACGUCCACAUCCUGGGCCACACGCACGAGAAGCGGGAGAUCCGAGGUCUGGAGAUCAACUGGAUGAACUCGGAGAACGUGGAGCUCUCGCCGCAAAUACGGGAGCACUUACCCCGGCUCUUCGAAAUCGGCCCCAAUGGACGAUUCACCGUUCCGGUGAUCCACGUGGGUGAGCAUUGCCGGAAAACUGUCUUCAUUGAGGCUGGCACACAUGCCCGCGAAUGGAUAAGCAUCUCCACGGCCCUCAAUUGCAUCUACCAGCUGACGGAGCGCUACACCAGGAACAUCGAGGUGCUACGGAAGCUGCGCUUCAUUAUCGUUCCACUGGUCAAUCCCGAUGGCUACGAGUACUCCCGCACCAAGAAUCCCAAGUGGCGCAAAAACCGCCGGCCACACAAGUCCACCAAAUUUGUGGGCACUGAUUGCAACCGAAACUACGACAUCUUCUGGAACAGCGGGCCCAGCAAGAUCAACCGUAACACAUACAAGGGUGAAAGUCCGUUUUCCGAGCCGGAGACGCGGGCCAUGAGGUGCAUUCUCGACAGGAUGAGUUCGAACCUCCUGUUCUUUUUGUCCCUGCACUCGUAUGGCCAAAGUAUCAUGUACCCUUGGGGCUACUGCCGUGACAAUCCGAUUUACUGGCGUGAAUUGAGCUCCCUGGCGAGUUCCGGCAAGAGUGCGAUCAAGUCCUACAAUGGCCGGGAGUACCGAACGGGUAGCAUCAGCUGUCUGACCAAGCGAACCAUUGCCGGAUCCGUUGUGGACUACGUAUAUGGAGUGUUGAAAGUGCCGAUGGCAUUGGUAAUGGAGCUGCCAUCUCGAGAGCUCGGCUUUCAGCCGCCAGUGGAGAUGAUCAGUCAAAUUGGCCACGAAAGUUGGUACGGUAUCCGGGAGAUGUGCAAGCGCUCCUUUGAUCUGCGACAUCAGAUUGUCCGUGAAAAGGAGCCACCACUGCCGUGGCCGGCUCGUAACGAAAGCAGUAAUGAGGGUGUGGCAAUCGUGAAUACGUCAACGCCCACGGAAGAGACCAAUGCGGCUGGUGGCGAUUUUGCCAAAACCACGACCAAGAAGAAGCGAUCCAAGCGCACGUUUCGCUCGCAGCACGAGAACAUUGUACGGCUGCAAAAGAGUUUAAAGGCACGUGAAGCCCAAGAUCUGCCCGAGGGCAUUCAAGCCCUGCAGCCCGGACUCUUCCCGCGGCAAAUGGAGCCGCAUUAUCCACCGAUAAAACGAUCCGGACUCAGUCGUGAUGGACAGGGCGGUGGAGAUGGCGUGAUUCUGACCAGCCGUGGCAAAUCUACCAUUUCUUCGCCAGUGUCGCUGGUGCUCCUAUAAGUUUAGAACUUUUUUUUGUGAUUAGUGUGGCAACGUGAAAUUAAAUGUGUAAGUCAAACUAAACUGCGAUGAACCCAAAUAGUUUAACUUUUAUUU